UCGAUAACAGAAGCGUGAUCAACACGUCAAAAUAUUUGGUGGAUAUCAUAGUUGCUGUUCUGUAACAGACCACUUUUUGAAAGGCUCCGUCACACACAAAUGUUCAAUUCAUAGUGAAAUAUCUUAUGAAGUGAGAGUGCUAUUGCGGAAAAUUCUUCUUAUUUGUAUUUGCGAAACAUUUUCAGAGGGAGCAGGACUCUACACUAGAGCAACAUGGAUGCUCGUAUAUCCAAUCCAUUGGCUUUCUAGGAAAACGAUGCCAGAUUGCAGAAGUGAGAAGUACCGGAAUUGGUAUCCUUUCACGUUUUUUGUGUCUAUGGUAUGGAUAUCGUUCUAUUCUUAUUUCAUGGUUUGGAUGAUCACUAUCAUAGGGUACACUUUGGGCAUUCCAGACACCGUGAUGGGUCUCACAUUUGUUGCUGCAGGAGUAUCGGUUCCAGAUGCGUUAUCUAGUAUAGCUGUCAUAAAAGAAGGAUAUGGAGAUAUGGCUGUUUCUAACGCAGUGGGAUCGAAUGUUUUCGACAUUUUGAUUUGUUUAGGACUUCCUUGGUUCAUUAAGACUGCUAUAAUUCGACCGGGAUCAACAGUGAGGGUGAUAAGCAAAGGUCUUACAUAUUCCACUCUCUCUCUACUGUCAACCGUAGUGUUUUUGAUAGUGGCUACACAUAUGAAUGGCUGGAAACUGGACCGAAAGUACGGGAUAGUACUGAUGAUAUGGUAUCUAGUUUUCAUCACAUUCGCCAGUAUGUACGAAUUAAAUGUAUUCGGAUAUUUAAAUCCACCAGAAUGUGCAACGGAUUGGUAAACAGGUGAAUGUUGCUUUGUUGUUAGUCAAGUUUCUCAAAGUUCUUCAGUUGCGAAAAAGAUUCGAAACUUUUUAUAUUCAUCAGCACAAUAACUUA